AAAGCCCAUUGGGCCCAAUAAAAUCCAUUUUAAAAACCCUAUACUCUAGUAAAAUUAGGGUUUUUGUUUCUUCUCACCACCUUCUUCAAGCAGUAGCUGCAGCUAAACCUAGUCCCGUCUCAUCUCCACACGACGCUUACGAGUUUGAGCCAUGGCCGCCGCCGUUGAGAUUGACGCUGAGAUUCAGCAACAGCUUACCAACGAGGUCAAGCUCUUCAAUCGCUGGAGCUUUGAUGACGUUUCGGUCACAGACAUUAGUCUUGUUGACUACAUUGGUGUUCAGCCUGCUAAGCACGCGACCUUUGUCCCCCACACUGCUGGAAGAUACUCUGUCAAGAGGUUCAGGAAGGCUCAGUGUCCCAUUGUUGAGAGGCUCACGAACUCUCUCAUGAUGCACGGAAGGAACAACGGAAAGAAGCUGAUGGCUGUGAGGAUCAUCAAGCACGCCAUGGAGAUCAUCCAUCUCUUGACUGACUUGAACCCUAUUCAGGUUAUCAUUGAUGCCAUUGUCAACAGUGGUCCACGUGAGGAUGCUACCAGGAUUGGAUCUGCUGGUGUGGUUAGGAGGCAGGCUGUUGAUAUCUCUCCUCUAAGACGUGUGAACCAAGCCAUCUUCUUGCUCACCACUGGUGCACGUGAAGCUGCGUUUAGAAACAUCAAGACAAUCGCUGAGUGCCUUGCUGAUGAGCUCAUCAAUGCUGCCAAGGGAUCUUCCAACAGCUAUGCCAUCAAGAAGAAGGAUGAGAUUGAGAGAGUUGCGAAGGCCAACCGUUAAGGAGGAUCUUCCUAGGCCUUGAGUUUGCAUUACAUCUCAAAGACCUUAUCUUGCUGUUUUUCAUUAGAGCUUUUUGGAUAUGUUUCAGAAGAUGUCCCUAUCUUUUAAUGAAGUUUUUUUGAAUCUUGAUCAAAACGGUUUCAUGUUUAAGAAUAUUUUCAUCUUUAUAUUUAUAAUUUAAAGGUUGUUUAUUGCA